AUGGAAGUUAUGCUAUUGAUAAUAUUCAUGGCCAUGGUGGCGCCAAACCAUGCGACGGACUACGACAUCAUGAAGUUCGGGGCCAAGGCCGAUGGCAAGUCCGACGACAGUGUGGCGAUAUCAAAUGCGUGGCAAGAAGCUUGCAAGAGCACGUCGCCGAGCAAAGUCAUUAUCCCGAAAGGAAAUUAUAUGGUUGGGCCGACAAAGAUCCAGGGGCCGUGUCAAGCUCCCGUCACUAUUCAAGCGACGGGUGCCCAAUUAGUGGCCCCGGAGGAUCCCCAAUUGUUUAAAUCACAGAAUUCGUGGUUCCAAUUUCAAACCAUAAAUGCAUUAACUAUGAUCGGAGGAUCCUUCGAUGGCAAAGGGGAGCUUGCAUGGAAACAAAACGAUUGCGCAAAGACCGGAAAGUGUGGAUCUAUUCCUAUCAAUCUGAGUUUGAACAAGCUCACAAAUACUCUACUCCAAGACGUACAAUCCAUUGAUAGCAAGCAAUUCCACAUGAACAUUUUGGGUUGCCUAAACCUAACCCUCGUCGGCACAAAGAUCUCAGCGCCGGACCAUAGUUUGAACACCGACGGUAUUCACAUAGGCCGUUCUAGCGGGGUGAACAUCUCUAUGGCGGAUAUAAAGACCGGGGACGAUUGUGUCUCCAUCGGUGACGGGAGCCAACAAGUGAACAUCGAGAAGGUCACUUGCGGGCCACCCGGACACGGCAUUUCGAUUGGAAGCCUAGGUAGGUACCAGAACGAAGAACCCGUUGUUGGCAUAACGGUAAGAAAUUGCACCAUCACAAGCACAAUGAACGGGGUCAGAGUCAAGACAUGGCCCGGGAAUCCUAAGCCCGGUGUCGCUCGAACCUUGCAUUUCGAGGACAUUAACAUAAACAACGUGAGCACACCUAUCUUGAUCGAUCAAGAGUAUUGUCCUUACAACCAUUGCACAUCAAAGAACCCGUCUACCGUGAAGCUGAGUGACAUUAGCUUCAAAAACAUCCGGGGAACAUCAGCAAGCCAAUUGGCCGUGCAACUUAAAUGUAGUAAAGGAAUACCGUGCGAGAAUGUCGAGUUGAGUGACAUCAACUUCACCUACCAAGGAGUCAACGGAUCCGAGGCUCUAUCCGAAUGCAAAAAUGUGCAACCUAAACUUAGCGGCCAACUCUUUUUCCAAUCUUGUGGUGAGCCUGCUGCCUAAUUAAAAUAAAUACAUGCCUAGCUUUCAUAUAUAUAUAUAUAUAUAUAUGUAUAUGUAUGCAAUACAUAGUAUGUCAAGUUGUAAUAAAGCCACAAAAAAAAAUUGUGUGCUUAGUUAAGGUGAAUAAGGGUGCGUAGAGAGUUCCCCGAUUCGGGUGGUGAAAGAAACACCUCGAAUGCUUAGUAGUAUAGUGUACUUAGAUUUGUUUGUUAUUCUUUUAGCUAGUCGAAUUUUUGUAGUUUCAUCGAAAUAAAAGGACUCCUACAUAUGAUUUUGCAAUGUGUUCGAAUU